AUGCUGAUUUUUUAUACCACAUUAUUCGUAUCGGUGCUGAAUGCGGCCAUAGCAGCGGAAUACCAACCCCUAUCGUCGGGUUUCGCGAAACCAAAACGAGGAAUCGUCGACACAGGUCACGAUGGCCCACGAGACUACAGAUAUCGACAGCCGAGACCACAGAAUGCACGAAGCAUCCCGAAUAAUAAUUCAAAAUUAUAUUAUUACAAGGAUAAGACCGCAUCUCGGGAACCAUUGUUAGUGACGGUUAGUGAGCAGGAAGCUCAGGUGAGCGACCACUCGACGCCAUAUUUCGACAACUUGUUCACCAUAUCUGCUGGCUACAAAGUGGGAAACGAGGGUGCACCGGUGACACAGGCAACACGGAGUCAGAAUGCAGGUGUCCACGGUGUUGUUCCAUCCCCUAACAGCCAAGUUCCACUGUACAAAACCAACUACGCUUUGCCAAGGGCCACGGGAUCACAACAUUAUUCGCCUACUGUACAAAAUUCAUUCAACAAAAAACCUUCGCCGGUUCUGCGGGCACAGAACAAUUACCCUGUAUUCCUCAACAACUACCAGAGCCAGCCACUAAUUGUGAAUCCUGUUGAUCAGUUUAGCUACCCAGCCAAGACGCCGAAAGUGAACAACGUGCAAUUGAGUGCACCGUUCUUGUCUCCUCUAUCCAGUUUCCAGGGUCAAGUUAUCCCAAUCGCGACUGCCAAUAACAAUCCACAAUUCCCUCAAUACAAGGGCGCCGCCAUAGAAGUUUAUCCUACUGUUGGUGGAUUUUCAACGGUAGUGUACGAGCCCCUUCAAAUGCAACCACAGUUACACUUUGGUCAUGGAAAUGGUCGGCCUGUAGGCGGAAAUCACAACCUUGGUUCUGCGCAGGAGAUUCGGACUGACGUGGAAAUUGUUAACAAGAAGAAACCUACAAUCCCUCCGCCUAAGAAUGAUAGUGAUGAUGAUGAUGAAGAUGAUGAUGGGUCUACGGAGAAAGAUUAUGGACCAGAUAGCAACGGUGACGAUGACUAUGAUUCAAAAUCAGGAAGGCACUUCACACCUUCUCAAACGGAAGGCGACUUCAAACCUUCUACAUCCUUCCCUUUCACACAAUACGACGAGAAGUUUGGCAAGUAUUCCAAUCAGAAUCAGGAAGAAGAGGCUGAAGAGAAACCAUUUACCAAGUAUAGUGACUAUUCUUCGUCGAACGACGAUGAUGAAGAGGAAGACGUGCCUUCAGGGAAGUACCAUUCUGAUGACAGUUCGUCGAAACCCUUUUAUAGUAAACAGGAAGAUGAGGAAGAAGAGGAUGGUCACGAUUACGAGAGACAAAAGUCCGAAGACGACACUUACCGACCUAAAUCCUUUGAGAAGGACUUUGAUGAAGAAUUUGAGACGUCUUACAAAAGGGGACUGCCGAAACAGAGGUACGCCCACACGAAAGAAGUACCAGAAGAGGAAUACGGUUCAAGAUCCUCACGGAGGGAUAAGGAUCAUCGUGAUUCCGAGGAUCCUGCAGGCCAAGGAAGUCACUCUAAUUUUAAUUAUUACAAAAUUCCUCGAGGUUUCAUAGAUAACGAAGGAGAAAGCUCUGAUAUUUGGGCAGAAGUAGCGUACGAAGGUGGAUUUGGGAACAAAAUACCUGAAAAAGUGAGAAGCUAUAAGCACAGAACAGCUGGUGUGCAUUAA